CAGGCAACGGACGCUUGUUUUAAGAUUCCUGCAUGCAGAUGUGUGCUGUAUAGUUGUUUCCUUGCUCCACAGAAGUUAGAUAUUGAUAAUUGUUGGUUCCUUGUUCCAAAAGAAGAUUUAAAUAAAUCUGCAAGAAUAGAGGUCGAAGUAUACAAUCAAGCCCUUCUGUAUACGAAAUUUACAAAACAGAUAAAGCAGUUGACAGAUCUUAAAGGAUUAGAAUACUACUCUGGUCCUGUGAAUAUUCGAGUGCAGAAGAUUUUUACUGGAGGAAUUAGGCUCAUGUGGGACUUGCCGGAAACAUCUUCCUGCUACGGGAAAGCAAAUAUCGAUGUCACUUUGUAUAACUCGGAUGGAUCCUCGAGAGUUAUGCAUGUCCACAAAGAACGAACGUCCGUCGACUUAGUUGGACUUCAACCUGGUCAGGACUACAGUGUAUCGUUUAAUUUGGGUUACAAAGAAACCCAGUUGGCUGUUCUGCCGUACACAUUUAAGACGGCUCUACAGGAAAAUAACGUGUCGGGCUGGAUGAUUGCAGGCAUUGUUGUCAGCAGCUUGAUAAUAGUAGGAUUUCUUAUCGCAUUAUUUGUGAUUCUUAUAAGAAGAGGUCAUAUGAAACCUGUGGAACGAGGUGUAGAUAGGAAGUCUGAUGCCGAAAUCAAAUCGGAGGUUAGAGAUGGUAUGGAGUAAGUAAAGCAAAACAUGAGAAGAAAAUCCGCAUAAGCGACCAAGUUUCAAGAUAAUAAGAAAUACAUGACCUUAGAUAAAUGAAGCUGUUUCAACCAAUGAUAACUACUGCAGUGCCUCUGUAGAAAGUCAAACGAAAGGGUUGUUGGAUUAACAAGACUAGUAACUCAUAAUUAAAUUACAUAUUUAGCUAAACAUUUGUGUGCAUAAUGCUUAACUUAACUUUAUCUAUUAAUAACAAUACACAGAUAUGUGUGAUUGAAAGCUGUAAACGAGGAUUAGUCAUGUAUUGUUUGUGUAUAUUCUUUGAACAUAUUUUAAAUUUGCUUAGUUAUGGAUUGCAUCUAAUAAAAUGUAUCAUUACCGUUUUC